AAUAGAUAACACAAAAAAUCAGUAGAUCCCGUAUACAAUAAAAAAUGAUAGAUAAUAUACACUUAUACAUCGCAGGAAGAUAUCGGAAUCAUGACAAAUAUGAAUUUGGACGCUUACAGAUUUUCAAUCUCGUGGUCUAGAAUCCUCCCAAAAGGAAAACUCGAUGGCGGUAUAAACCAAGAAGGAAUCAUAUAUUACAACAACCUCAUCAAUGAGCUUUUGGCUAAUGGUUUACAGCCAUUCGUAACGCUAUUUCAUUGGGAUAUUCCUCAAGCUUUAGAGGAUGAAUACGGUGGCUUCUUAAGCCCUCACAUUGUAAAUGAUUUUCGAGAUUAUGCGGAACUUUGUUUCAAAGAGUUUGGAGAUAGGGUGAAACAUUGGAUUACUUUGAACGAGCCUUUGACUUAUAGUAUGGGUGGCUAUGCAGUCGGACUUUUUGCACCUGGUCGAUGUUCUAAAUGGUUGAAUUCAAAUUGCACUGGUGGUGAUUCAGGGACAGAGCCCUACUUGGUUUCACAUCACCAACUUCUUGCUCAUGCAACAGCCGUAGAAGUGUAUAAGAAGAAAUAUCAAGUAUCUCAAAAGGGUACAAUAGGUAUAACCUUGGUGACUAGCUGGUUCAUUCCAUUUUCAAAUAGCAAAUUAGAUCAAAUGGCAGCUGAACGAGCAAUUGACUUCAUGUUUGGAUGGUAUAUGGAUCCACUGACAACAGGGCAUUAUCCAAAAAACAUGCAUUCCUUGGUUGGAAAACGAUUGCCAAAGUUUUCUAAAAAACAAAAAAGGCUACUCAAAGGCUCAUUUGAUUUCCUUGGACUAAACUAUUACACCUCUAAUUAUGCUUCUAAUGUACCUCAUCUUAGCAAUGAUAAUCCUAGUUACACCACUGAUUCUCAUGCCAAUCUUACAAUUGAGCUCAAUGGGAAUCCCAUAGGUCCAAGGGCAACUUCAAAUUGGAUAUUUGUAUAUCCGAGAGGAAUUCAUGAAUUGUUACUCUAUAUAAAAAAAAAAAAGUACAACAACCCUUUGAUUUACAUCACCGAAAAUGGUGUUGAUGAAUUCAACGAUCCAACACUAUCAUUAGAAGAAGCUCUUUUAGACACUUUUAGAAUUGACUAUUAUUAUCGUCAUCUUUUUUAUGUUCGAUCUGCAAUCAGGAACGACGUAAAUAUAAAAGGAUAUUUUGCAUGGUCAUUGUUGGACAAUUUUGAAUGGGCAUCAGGCUAUACAUUGCGUUUUGGAAUCAAUUUUGUAGAUUACAACGAUGGUCUCAAAAGAUAUCCAAAGUUGUCUGCAAAAUGGUUCAAGAAUUUUCUCAAAAGAGAUUAG